CAGAGUAAACCGCGCAAGAUCACAACGUAGACGAUAUUCCUAAAAUAUUUUAUUGUGUAAUAAUAUUUAAUUCGAUUGCGACAUUACAAGUUUUGGUCUCUUGGUUAAUAUUAACAGUUUGCAAGUGUUGUGUGGACGUAACAUUUAAAUAGAGGAUUAAGAAAUCAGCCGAAGGUUAAAUUUCAUCACACGAUGGACGCCACAAUGGAAAACAAAAUGGGUCUUCCACCACCUUAUGAACAAACGCGUCCGAACCCUGCCCCACCGCCAUCGUACUUCGGUGACAAUCCUCCUCCACCGCCCGGAUUAAUAGUCCCCCCAACCGCGGGGCCACGGACUACAGUGAUCACGACACCGGGUGCCGCACCAGGAUCCCGUCCAGCCAAAAUGGGCCCUGGGCCGUCCGGCACGACUUGCCCCACUUGCAACAAAUCUAUCGUGACGACCGUUGAAUACGUCCCAAACAACCGCACACACAUCAUAUCAGCCGCGCUGUGUGUUCUAGCCGGAUGUUGUUGCGGCUGCUUCGUACCUUACUGCAUGCGAUCUUGUAAGACUGCCAACCACUAUUGUCCUCAAUGCAAAGCCUUCAUCGGUUCCUUCACACCGUCUUGAUCUUACACACCUUUUUCAAUCAAGAACUAUAUU